ACCUAUUGCAUCUCUCCCCACUCUCUCUCUCUCUCUCUCUCUCUCCAUCACAUGUUCAUGGAAGACGUGUGGGUGUACAUCAUCUCAGCAUCCUCCUUCCUCUUCCUUCUCUGCUUGUUCAAAUUGCAGAGAAGCAACAAGAGGAAUCUCCCACCGAGCCCACCUUCACUCCCUAUCAUCGGCCACCUCCUCCUUAUAAAAGAGCCAGUCCACCGGACCAUCCAGUCUCUCUCAGACCGCUACGGCCCUGUCCUUUCCCUCUCUUUCGGCUCCCGCUCCGUGGUCGUCGUAUCCUCCCCGUCCACGGCCGAGGAGUGCUUUACCAGGAAUGACAUCGUCCUCGCCAACCGCCCUCGCACACUCUCCGGCGAGAUUAUAGCCUACGGCAACACCACCAUCGGCAGCGCCCCUUAUGGCCCCCAUUGGCGCAACCUCCGCCGCCUCACGGCCCUUAAAAUCCUUUCCCCGCAUCGCCUUGCGGGCUCCCUCGCCGUCCGGCUGGAGGAAGUGAGGCUCCUCGUGAAGAACCUCUAUGAGAUGGCUACGGAGGUGGCAGGGGGCAGCAGUUUCGCAAAGGUGGAGAUGAGGUCGAGGCUGCAGGAGCUGUCCUUCAACAUCAUCAUGAGGAUGAUCUCUGGGAAGCGCUACUUUGGGGCCGCCGUCGACGCGGGCGACACCGAGGUGGCCAGACAGUUCAGGGAGGUGAUAAGGGAGGUAUUCGAGUUGAGCGGGACAGACCCGGGCGAUUUCUUGCCGGCGCUAAGGAAGGUGGUGGACUUCAAGGGGAGAGAACGGAGGAUGGUGGACGUCGCCAAGAGGUCCGAUAGGAUCUUGCAGGGCAUGAUAGAUGAGGUCAGGUCGAGAAGGAAGAGAAGUGAGAGCAGCAAAAGGGUGGAGAGCAAGACGAUGAUUGAUUCCAUGCUGUUGGAGGGCUAUUCGGACGACAUCAUCAAAGGCCAAAUCCUGACGAUGUUAGCUGCGGGCACGGACACAUCCUCGGUGACAAUAGAAUGGGCCAUGUCCCUCCUACUCAACCAUCCGGACGUCUUGAAAAAAGCUCAAGCAGAACUAGACGGCGUCGUUGGCCGAGACCAUCUAGCUUACGAAGCAGACAUCUACAAGCUGCCUUGCCUUCAAAACAUCAUCAACGAAGCACUCCGAUUGUUUCCGCCAGUGCCACUCCUAGUGCCUCACGAGUCCUCUGAGGACUGCACGAUCAGAGGGUUCGACGUGCCCAGAGGCACCAUGAUCUUAGUAAAUGCGUGGGCAAUUCAGAGAGACCCAAAAGUGUGGGACGAUCCAACAAGUUUUAAACCAGAAAGAUAUGAGGGAUUGGAAGGGGAUCAUGCGUACCGGUUGUUGCCGUUUGGCAUGGGGAGGAGGAGUUGUCCCGGUGCUGGCCUUGCCAAUAGAGUGGUGGGUUUGGCUCUAGCGGCGCUUAUUCAAUGCUUCGAGUGGGAACGAGUCGGCGAAGAGCUGAUGGACUUGUCGGAAGGGACGGGACUCACAAUGCCCAAGAGACAACCAUUGGAGGCUAUGUGUAAAGCGCGUGAAUGCAUGAUUGCUAAUGUUCUUGCACAGCUUUGAGAGGUCGUUCUCCAGUGAAUUUUAUUUUGGUCGUGUUCAACCAUCGCAAUACUUAUGGACUACUAUGUCAUAACAAAGUAAGUCGAUGUGAAUGAAAUGAGGUGGAAAUGAAUGGAGGGGAAAAAAACAGAAAGUAGAGAGGAAUGGAAUAAGAAUUCUAGUUCUUGCGUCUAAUGAUAAUGUAUUAAAGGAAAAAAAAAAGAAGACGGGAUGUAUAAUGUAUUAAUGAAAUGCCCAUUCAUAUGGGCUUUCAUUAGGUCUUUGAACGGUCUAAGAAUACUUGGACGAUUAUUAUUGUAAGAUGAUAUGUAUGUUUGAAGAAAGGACCUGCCAUUAACUAAAGUUGCAAUAUGAUUGUCAUCUCCUUGUUA